UCACUGGCAAGUUCAUCUCUCCUGCUCCUGGGGCAUUCCUUUGCUGGUAUUAGAACCUACUUCUUCAGGAUUCCAGCGUAGCUCCCUAGGACCUCCCUGGGACUCUAGCACCAAAUUGAGGCAGCUGACACAUUUGGUUUGUGGACAACUACUGGAUCUUUGGCCUUUCCAUCAGGACACAGCCACUGUUGGACUACUUGGACCACGGCCUCCUCAAAAGCCAAGAGAUGCCUAAGGAGCACCCACAGGUGGUUGCACUGGAGGUACCCCAAGUCUCAACUUCUACAACAACCACCACUAUCAACAUGCCUGGUGAGAUCUCCCAGCCCGAUCAUGUGGUCUGGUCCACGUUCAAUGCACUCUUCUUGAACUUCUGCUGCCUGGGUUUCGUAGCGUAUGCCUACUCUGUGAAGUCUAGGGACAGGAAGAUGGUGGGCGAUAUGACUGGGGCCCAGGCCCACGCCUCCACUGCCAAGUGCCUCAACAUCUGUGCCAUGGUCUUCAGCAUCCUUAUGAUCAUUGUCUUCAUCAUUGUUUACGUCCAGGCAUUUGCCAUCUUGCAGAAUUCUGGCAGACAAUAAUAGGUUCCAGAGCCUUCUAGUCCUACCUUGUGUUCCGCUGUCUACAAUCGCCCCACACCCUAGUCUUAGCCCUGACCCUUUGCCCCUCACAUAUGCAACUGUUACCCUCCCACAUCUGUCCACAGUGGAUUCAAUAAAGUGCGUGUGCUGGC